GGUGUUUACAAAAAGUAAAAAUUCGCUUCCAUUUUUGCCCUCAUUUCUUUCAUCUCUCCCAGGUCUCCCUAGCUCUCAAAUUUUUAGUUUUAUUUAUCAAUUAUUCAAGCCAAUUUCCUUAACGCCAGUCACUCUUCGCCUAGCUCUCUCUUCUCGGAGAGAGAGAAGAGAAGGAGAGAGACGCAAAACGACGCCGUCUCUUGUCAUCGCAAGCUCAGAGAAACCCUAGACGACCGGAUUUCACGUCCCGUCGAAGCUCCCCAUCGUCGGCGAAGGAAAUUGGAAAGUGGUAGAAUGGAUAAGUUACGGGAAUUUGGAAGAAGAGCCUUGUUUUACGUUAGGGUUCUUUCUGGGUACGAAGAACGGAGGAUCCGAUCGCUUAGAUUGGAGAUGGAGAGGCGGAUUAAACAGGCAGAAGAAAGGAAGGCAGCUAUAAGAAGGAUCCCCGAGCAGGCUAUUCUAGGAGAGGUUCGGCGUAUGGUUGAAGAGAUGCAAACUUUAAACAAGAAGCUAGAAGAAACGGAAGCUGCUAUUGAAGAGUACUUUACGCCCCUAGAUAAAGAGGCUGAGAGUAUAAUGAAAGUGCAGCUUGAAGGGGAGGAGAAGACGAUGAGGCAAAUGAUGGCAGCAAUGCAAGAACAGGCUUUGCUCGAAAGAGCCGAGGCCGCAAAAAAUGCAAAAGUGCAUAAUAUAGACACAGAAGUCAGCAAUAAGGACUCAGAAUCUUCUGCUGCGCAACAAGCCAAUGUGAGAUGAUUUUAGCAGACUUGAAAUGGCAGAUUUUAGAAUCAACUUUUGUAAGAGUGCCCAUCAGAUUCUCUUUCCUUUUUCUUUUUUUUUGGCGGGGGGGUUGGGCUGAAUCGUUAUUUGUGCUUUGAGAUACGUGGUUCUCUUAUUAACCGAGUUAAAACUUGGUUAGGUAAUAAGGUAAAUCAACAAUAUUUUGUUCUGUGAAAAUGUGAUAUGCAGUUUUGUCCCAUUAAGUCAA